UCUGAGCUCCACCACAUCACUAAGGUGGCUGAAGCCUCGCAUCAACCAUCCCAGGUUAAACCCCAGUUUCUCCAUGGAUUUUCCUGGCCUAGGGGCCCUGGGAGCCUCAGAACCCCUGCCACAGUUUGUGGAUUCUGCCCUGGUAUCACCACCAGAUUCAGGAGGGUUCUUCUCCUCAGGGCCUGAGAGUUUGGAUGCAGCAGCUUCCUCCACUUCCCCAAGUGCAGGCACAGCUGCAGCCACUGCGCUGGCCUACUACAGGGACACGGAGGCCUACAGACAUUCCCCAGUCUUUCAGGUGUACCCGCUUCUCAACUGUAUGGAGGGAAUUCCAGGAGGCUCACCUUAUGCUAGCUGGGCCUACAGCAAGACGGGGCUGUACCCUGCUUCAACUGUGUGCCCCAGCCACGAGGAUGGCCCUCCUCAGGCCCUGGAAGACCCUGAAGGGAAAAGCAGCACCACCUUCUUGGAAACCUUGAAGACAGAGCGACUGAGUCCAGACCUCCUGACCCUGGGGACUGCACUGCCGGCAUCGCUGCCUGUCAACAGCAGUGCUUAUGCGGGACCUGACUUUCCUGGUCCUUUCUUUUCUCCCACGGGGAGCCCUCUCGGUUCUGCAGCCUAUUCUUCCCCCAAGUUUCACGGAAGCCUCCCCUUGGCCCCUUGUGAGGCCAGAGAGUGUGUGAACUGUGGAGCAACAGCCACUCCACUGUGGCGAAGGGACAGAACAGGCCACUACCUGUGCAACGCCUGCGGUCUGUAUCACAAGAUGAAUGGCCAGAACCGGCCUCUCAUCCGACCCAAGAAGCGAUUGAUUGUCAGCAAACGGGCAGGCACUCAGUGCACUAACUGCCAAACGACCACCACAACCCUCUGGCGCAGAAAUGCCAGUGGAGAUCCCGUGUGCAAUGCCUGUGGCCUCUACUACAAGCUACACCAGGUGAACCGACCAUUGACCAUGCGGAAGGAUGGAAUUCAGACUAGGAACCGCAAGGCCUCUGGAAAAGGGAAAAAGAAGCGGGGUUCAAGUCUGGGAGGAGCAGGAGCAGCUGAAGGGCCAGCUGGUGGCUUCAUGGUGGUAGCUGGUGGCAGUAGUGGUGGGAAUUGUGGGGAGGUGGCCUCAGGCUUGACACUGGGCACUACAGGUACUGCCCAUCUCUACCAGGGCCUGGGACCUGUGGUGCUAUCAGGACCUGUCAGUCAUCUUAUGCCUUUCUCUGGACCUCUGCUGGGAUCGCCCGCAGCCUCUUUCUCCACAGGUCCUGUGCCGCCUACCACCAGUACCACUGUGGUGGCUCCCCUCAGUUCUUGA